AUGGAGAAGUUGACCACCGGGUCCAUCCGGCCAUUGUGCUUCGUCUUCCUCGUUCUCGCCAUGUUUGUGGCCUGGGCGACAGAUGCUACCGCCACCCCCUCCGCCACCCCGUCCACCAGCCCCAACCCGUGCGUGGGCCUCCUGGCCCAGCCCUUGGCCCGGGCCGAGCUCGACGCCAUCUACGGCGUGCGCAGCACCCUCUUUGACACGGGCCGCCGCCCGCCGACCAUUGGCGACCUCGCCCGGGGCAACCGCGCCGCCCUGUGCGAGCUCUACGUCAACGAGGCCUCGCUCGACACCAACUACCAGACCCGCAGGACUGCAGCCGCCGACCCGACACUGAUCCGGGCGCGCUACCCAGUGUCCAACAACCUGGCCUGCCCAUUCAUGAAGACCUACGCCGAGCUCAACUACACGACCGGCACCGUGGGCGAGGCGGUGACCUACUGGCGUGAGAACUACGCCGACCUGCUCGACGAGGCGUCGGCCUUCGGUGUGGCGGCGUGGGCGCGGCCGAGCGACGGGCCGGAGGAGGUGGGGCUGCUGGUCACCGUCGUGCGUAUCGUCAACAGACGGACCCACUGCCCGCCCGACGUACUUCCGGAGUGGUAUGUCAAGAGGCACACCGAUGGGAAUGACGACGAGGACGAAGUCGAAGAGAACGCAGAAGAGACAGCCAGCGAGUAA